CGAAGGUGAAAGUGAUGGACACUUUAGGAAAAAAUGCAUAAAAUACUGAAUGACGUAGUAAAACAACUAAAAUUUCGAUUUAUCUAAUACAGUGAAUAUUAAAGAAAUGCAGACGCCGGAAACAGGAAAACAAAAAACAUUCUCAAUAUAUUUUUUUUGUACACAUUGUACGCACCUUUAUUUACUUUCGUAUUAGGUUUCCCCUUCACUUGGCUGAUUGUGUCGUAGUUGCUGUUCCGUUUAUUACAGUUUUGUGAAUUGAUAACUGCUUUUGGGGCUGCUUUUCACACGUUGCUGUGUGUGCGGCGCGAACGUUUGUUGUUGUCCGGUUGCAAGAUGACUGACGUCUACGACGGCAACGGUGACUACGCAGCAUACAAUGAGGAUGAUGACUAUGGUAAGCAACGGAAAGGCGGUUGCGUUACAGGAGUGGACCCUCAUAAUGGUGAUAGCUCAAAUCAUGAUCUGCAUCAUCAUGUAGGCGGUGUUGUUGUUGGAGGUGGCGGUGUCGGCGUUGGAGGCGGUAUGGGAAUGGUUGGUGGCGGAGGCGGCGAUGUUGGUCAGUUAAACGAUAAAGCAAACGAAUACAUUCGUGAUUGUAUGGCGGAGAAAAAUCGAAUGGAUAGAAAGUUUCCAAUUGCCGAAAAGUUACUGGACUUUGAAAUUGAGAAGGUGCAAACUAUUGGCCGUAUACCGCCGCGGGAACAAAAAUAUGCGGAUAUUUAUAGAGAAAAACCAUUGCGUGUCUCUCAAAAAGUGUUAGUACCGAUUAGGGAGCAUCCAAAGUUUAAUUUCGUUGGGAAAUUGUUGGGACCAAAAGGAAAUUCACUGCGCCGUUUGCAAGAAGAGACACUUUGUAAAAUGACGGUGCUAGGCCGCAAUUCAAUGCGCGAUCGAGCGAAGGAAGAAGAACUGCGUUCAUCGACAGACCCGAAAUAUGCACAUUUGAACAGUGAUUUGCAUGUUGAAAUCUCUACAAUUGCUCCACCGGCAGAAGCUUAUGCACGUAUCGCCUACGCAAUGGCUGAGUUACGCAAGUACUUAAUACCUGAUAGUAAUGAUGUUAUACGGCAAGAGCAGCUACGGGAGUUAAUGGACAAUACUGGCAUUUCUGAUGAUGUGACCAAAUCGGCUUAUAAGAAAAUUUCACAUCAGCAAUCUAGUAGUAAUCUAAGCGGUGCUGGAGGACCAGGGGGAGGUGGUAGUGGUGUAGUUGGUGGUGGAGGCGUGUUGGGUGGCGGUUCGAUAGCAGCUGCAGCAGGAGGCAGUAAUAUGGGCAUGGGUAAAAGUGCACAACACCAUGGGUAUAGGACUCCCCAAUCUUCGCAAAAUUUGCCGUUCAGUAAGAAUUCCGUUGCACCAAAACAAAAGGUACUCUCCAUUUUAGAGAAGGCACGAACUGCCAUGGAGGAAACUUAUGGACGUGGCUAUGAGGAUCCAAUCACAUAUGAACAGACCUCUUACGAUGCUUACCCAUAUGGACAUGGACAAACUACACAUGCACAUGCUGGACAUUUGCCAAGCAACGCCGGUAUAGGCACAUCAAAUAUGGCACCGCGUGGACCGUAUGAUGUAACCGAAUAUGAAACCGACUACAAUAGGCGAGACUAUUAUCCCAAUUCGUCGAAUUUUGGAGGUGGCGCCUCCGGAAUGCAUACAAAUCACAACACUGGCAUAAAUCCGAAUCAUAAUCGAAGCCACGUUAACAGACCAACAAAUCCAUCAUUGCAUAUUCGUGAAUUGCCACCAUUUGUACCAGUGCAGCUCUUCUAAAUCUCUAGGAGCUAUAAGGGGGCAGUGAUGGAAUGAAAAAAUUGCGUUUGAAACGUAACAGAAGAUUGUUACUAAUAACAACUAAAUUAAUAGAUUUACAAUUAAAACGUUGGUGGUUGCAUUCGUUUGCAUGCAGAUGUGACCAAAUGCAUACAAGUAUACAUAUAGGCGCAUUCAUUUACAGAGCUGCUAACAAACAUACACACAUGCAUACAUAUAUACAUAUGUAACAGAUGAUUCACCAGUGAUCGAACAAAUGAAAUAUCAGUCUUGAUCAGCAAUUUAAUAUCAAGUAAAAAUAGAUUUCUAUGUGCAAAUCAACGAAAUAGGGAAAGUGUGAACGAAGUUGCAACAAGUAGAAAGAUUAAAAUACUACGUAAAAUCAAACCCACUUACUUACAUACAUAAAUUGUAUUUACAUACAGACACAUGCAUACACGGAUGCCUGCGGGAUUAUGUAUAAGACGCAUAUUUAUAAAAUAAGCUCUCUUAAAAAAUGAUAUUUAUAUAUUUAUAUUCUUAAUGAAACUAAUAGAAAGAAAAAAAUAUGGAAAACAUUAAAAAAAUUUAAUACUAGAAUGGUUUAACGAAAGAGGCGAAUCUAGAGGGGAAAUAAUCAAAGAUGACAUGAAACAUGCAAACAGAAUUACUUUCAAAGAAUUUUUCAAAAUAAAUAGAAGAAAAAAACAAAAACAAAUAAAUGAAUAAAAAAAAUUAACAAACAUAAAAAAUAAUCAGAAAUUGUAUGUGUUAAAUAAAAGCCUAUUUAUUAAAUAUUUUGAGCUCAAUUUGCAAAUUAGUAGCUAAAAGUAUAAUACUAUAACGGCAUUAAAAUGGAAAAAUUAACAUUAAAAAAGGACAAUUAAUUGACAAUGGCUAAUACAAGAGAAAAUCACGAAAAGCAUAAAAACGCAUGCAUCAACAUAUACAUACAUACAAACGUAUAUAUAUAAUGAACUGAAUACUGAUUUACACACACACGUUGUAUGUUUUGCGAAUAAGGUAUUCUACUUUUGGUACUGGUACUGGAAUGGUAAUACGUUUUAUAAAGACACAAUUUACGUUUUGUUUAUAUAACAAUAGAUCGAAUUAAUCACAUAUUCUUUUUUUUAUCUAAAAAUAAAUAAAUAAAAUCAAAUAAAACAAUAAUCAAAAAAUGUUAUGGGUAUUCAUUGAGAGCAGUAAAUUUACGCACAGCCAAACAAACAAACAAAAAAAAAAUUGCUAUUAAAAUUUAUGUGAAAAGAAAAAUAUUGUCUGACAGUUCAGCUAUUAUGUAAAUUUUUUCUAUUUUUUGAAAAUAUUUAUUAUGCUUAUUUCACUUCGAAAAGUGCGCUACAACAACAUAAUUUAAGUAAAUAAUUUUAAACGAUACAAUCUUAUGAGUUUUAAAAAUUCCUUAUGGACCAGAUUUUCAGUGCAAGUAUAACUGAGGUGAAGUUUUAAACUACAUUUGUGCAUAUGUAUACGUAUAUAUGUAUGAAGGUAUAAGCCUGCUUAAAUGUACCUUUAAACUUAGUUUAGUUGGAAGGUACAUUUGAAUUUACACUCAAAAAUCGGCCUCAAUGCAUUCCAUAGCAGGGAGUAUUUUUUUUUUUUGAAAUGUUUGAUAUUUCCAAUGAUAGCUUUUUUCUGUGUACUUCUGCUGUAGCUAGCGACGGAACACAAAACUAAAGGGGAAGCUGAAACCUACUUCUCGUUUAGUACCAAAAAAAUGUGCUCCUAUUUUCAAACCGAUCUUUGUUAGCGAUGGAUCUGUGCAUAUGCAUACAUAUAUUUUCUUUGUUAUACAAUCUCACAUGUAUAAAUGCCACGAAUUUGCUGAGAGUCGAGCAUUUGGUUAAAUUAAUGCGGAAAAUAUGUAUGUACACAAAACUUGAUUUAUGCGCAAUAAUCGCGCAUAACUUUAUUGGAAUUAGUUUGUUCAUUUAAAAUCUAUCUCGGAUGGUAACUAUGAUACAUAUAAAACAAAGCAUAAAUAAUCGUCUGGCUACAAUUAUGUUGAAAAGAGAAAAAAUAUAUAUUUACUCAAAAUUGGAAGUGAAGAGGACGCAAGUAUUGUAGAGAAAAUAUGAUAUUAUGUUCGCUUAUAGCAAAUUUGCAAAUUUUCUUUUCAAGUUGAUACAAUUAAAAAAGGUAAACACUUUUCAAACAGUACAAACCCGUUUUGUAUUCCACAAUAACUUUGAUUUCCCAAACUUUAAAAUGUUUUUUUUUUUAUUUUCACAAUAAAUUAAAGUGUAUGUAUGUACAAGACAAUUAAAAAAAAUUAUUGCUGGAAACAAUAAGCAAGGCAGUCACACAGUCAUACACAAUACACAUAAAUAUAGUUUGUAACAAAAUCUUAAUAAAGCAUAAAGUUCUUAAUAAAUAUGAUACUUACAAGCAUAUAAAAGUAUAAAAAAAAAUAUUACUGUAACACAUAUAUAAUUAAAAAAGAACACAUAAAAGUAAACCAAGCAAUCGUUAAGUCGAUCUGGAAAAUAUGAAUAAAAGAUAUGCAUACAAUAUAUAGAAUGAAUAAAUAAUAAUAAUCGCUAUAUCGAUUAAAAAAUUAUAUGAAAAAAACUAAAUAUUACUUAUAAUAAUUGCAGCAGUGUUUAGUUGAAAAAAGUAUAAUUUUCUGCGCAUGAAAUGUGCAGCGUACUCUUACCACGAUUUACGAUUUCUCGUUGAAGAAGGCCAAAAGUCUUUUGCUAUCUUUUGAAUUACGUUGAAAAUUGUGCUGCACUGUGCAAUUAAUAAUAAACCUUACUCUACGAAAAAUAAAUGGUAUACAAUAAAAUAAAAAAUGUAUUAAUACGAAAAAUGUA